UACCAACGAACGACCGUGUGAGUGUGAUUCGAGAAAUUGCAGGAUUUCCUCUUCUCCAAGCAUUCAUAACUAUGUUAACCAGUGUAGUAGAGAAGGUCAUCCAACAGGCCACUCUCUGGUACGAGUUUCUACUGCAACGCACUGAGAUCCGUACCAGAAGGAUGACAAAAGAGAAGGUAGAAGAGAAAUUAGUUGAGGAUGUAGUGGUAUUGGAGGUAAACACAGACGAGUGGUCUUGUGAGGAAGUGGAGAAGAUAUUAGGUUACAGGUUCAAAGAUAGAGGGCUGGUGCAGGAAGCUCUGACACAUCCGUCCUACUAUCAUCCAUUAAAGCCAUCGGUUACGUACGAGAGGCUGGAAUUCGUUGGAGAUUCUGUACUCAACUGCCUAAUGACGAAGGAGCUCUUCUCUUCGUAUCCGGAACUCUCGCCAGGCCCUCUCACGCUCUUGCGAGCGGCAAACGUUGAUACCGAGAAGCUCGCACGUGUGGCAGUCAACCACGGAUUGCAUCGGUACGCCCGUCACAAAGUCCUCUCUCUCGAGGAACAGAUUCGAGACUUCAAGGAAGCUAUCGUUGAUUAUCCCAUACACUCCAACGGAUUGAUAGAGGUCCCAAAGUUCCUCGCGGACAUUGUGGAAUCUCUCCUUGGAGCCGUCUUCGUUGACUGCAGCUAUUGUAUAGACACAGUUUGGAAGGUAUUUAGGAGAUUGUUGGAGCCGAUGAUAAGCCCAGAUAUGUUGAGGAAGCAUCCGGUGAGCGAGCUAUACGAGCUAUGUCAAAAGAAGGGGAUGAGAGUGACGUUCGUAAAGGACACGUGGAAAGAGAGUACAAUCGUUGAGGUUCUUGUUGAUGAUCAGUUGGUAGGAAGGGCUAUGUACGGACACAAGAAAGAGAUAGCUCAGAAUCGUGCUGCAAAGGAUGCCUUAGACAAUCUCAAGUCCUGCUUCCUCCAUUGACAUUCAUUUCAGAUACAUUUGACGUGAAUAUUUUAUUUUAUUUUAUUUUUAUUUUUAUUGAAAUGAUAAAAUAUGUACAGCACCACACCACACCACACAGGCUGAACCUUGAGAGUUGUGACUGA